CAAAACGAACCGUGUCAUUGACUUCAGAAUUGCACGAGACCUGUAGAGAAAUGUAAUACUACUUUGGGGUAUUCUCUUUGUAUUGAAAAUGUAUGGCAAGACAGAAAACGAGGUGAAGAAUGAGGUUUUAUCGGCAGAUACCUCCAAGCAGGAAGGUAAUGGAAAUGGUAAGAGAGGUGUCCCAGCUGAAAUGGUUGCAUCAGAUCAAGAUGAAGAAAACUCUGAAAGUAAUAAAGGGUGGCCUGUGGAAGAAGAGACCGCGUUGGAACCUGAAGAAAACAGUGGAAACAAGUUCCAGGGUGUUGAUUUCAUCAAGACAUGUGAAGCGUUGGAUUGGAAGCAGAGCGGCGUGAAAGAACAUCAAAUGUACCAUGAGGAAUCUGCUGUUUUUCAAAGCCACAUUAAUGACAAUGGACCACCCAAAUCCGACAGGGAGACACUGGAAGGCCAGAACAUAAUGUUUGCACAGGAGGGAGACGAUGCUGAAGAACAUAAAUCCACUGGUCCUACCGCAGCCACAGAAGACACCAGUCCCGAAGAGUCCACGCUCCUCCAGGAGCUGCGUGAGGACAGGGACAAAGCCCUCCGGCAGCGCAGCCUGCUGCAUGUAAAGCUGGCAGGGUUCUUCCACAAGAAGGCCAUGGACGGCGGCCACAUGGGCACGGACCAAGUGGUGUCGGAGCAGCACUACAAGAAGCACAUGAGCAUUCUGACUGACCUUAAGCUGCAGGUCGCCACUGAGCCGCCGGCAGAGAGGCUGAGAUUAAAGUUCCAGGAGAAGCUGGACAUGGUGGAACGUGAAUGGAGGGAGUUGGUGGCAUUGGAGCAGCCGGUAGCCGUGGCAGCACUGAGCCGAUGUCUGGGUAAACAGGCUGCUCAGCUCAAAGUCGGGGAAACCGGGGCAACAGAGGAACUGCUGCAGCAUGAGCUGACCCAACUGCGCCUCAAGCACAUCCAGCUGAGGACCAAGAUUCACAGACUGGAGACAGAGCUCCGCAGGGAGGAAGCGCCUGAGAGGGAGCCCCUACAUCGCCAGUUUGAACAACUGCAGACACAGAGGCUGGAGCUUAAAAAAUUCACUAAAAAGCAAGAUGAGGAAUCUUCAAGGAUGCAGAAAAAGAUCCGCAGCAGUUUGGAACUCCUGUCAAACAUGAAGGAGAAGCUGUUCUGGGCCAAAAGGGAGGUCCGGGCCCAGCGAGAGCAACUGGCCGAGUUGGAGGCUAUGGUGGCACGGAAGAGGGACCGCCUGACCAGCACUAAGCAGGGCCGCAACCGCCUACUGGAAGAAAACCGAAGGCUGAAGGAGCGCCGUGGUCUGCUGGGGAACUGGGUCCUGCUGCAGGACUUUGAAGACACUGUGGACAGCUCAAACCACCUGGAAGAACAACUGGAGGAUUUGAAGUGCCGUCGAGCUGGAAUGUUGUUCAGAUCAGAGACAAUGUCAUGAAUGAACUAACUGAAUUAACAUGAGCAUCAGGCCUUGUAUGGUAGUUGAUUUUCUUGUAGUGUGUAACAGGUAAAAUCCACUGAGGGAUCGGCACAAAAAGGUGCAAACAUACAACAAAAAUUACAUAACAGUGAAACUUUAAGUCCAUGAAUUUACACAGUAGUCUUAACACAUGAUGUUGCGCAUAUGUUUUCUGAUUACCAUGAGGUCAUUUUUUAUGUUCUAUUUUGUGUUUCUUUGUUAAAAGCUGUUAUCAAACAUUAAAAACUGACUUGAUUCAGACAUUUUUCCCCACAAAGGCCCGACUGGACCGAGACAAGGCGAUACAAGAGGGACUGUCUGCACCUAGUUCUCUCAAAUUAGAACGCCGCAAUAGGUCAUGCAUCCAUGCUGUCUGUUCCAUCACACCCUGAGCUCAGAUUCUAGUCUAUAUUUCCCGUUUUUUAAAGUCAGUUCUUUUAAAUAGUUUAAUUGAACGAUUCUCCACAUUGUCAAAGGACAAAACUAUAUGUGACGCCAUUGACACGGUCGUGGAUCGGUUCCACGAUGAGAGGCGGCAGGCA